AUUUUUGUUACAAACUUCAGUGGAAACAGAAUUGUGCCCAAGUAACUCUUGCCAUUUAUCAGGAGGUAUUUGGUAUUUUCUGGACUAGGCAGUUUAAAUACCUGUGCAAAUAAACAUUACUGUACUUAAAAGAAAAGUUAACUUAAUUUUCUUGAAUGGAUUCACUGUCUCUGGAAUGAAUUGACUAGAUUAGCCAUAUGGUUGACUUUCCAGAUGAUCCUAAUGAGCAUCAGUCAAUCAGGAAAUGAAGAAUUUCACGCAAAAUUACUAAACCUGCUCUGCACAUUACUGAAAUGACAUCAGUCUCCAUUGCUGAGAGGUGAAAUCUAAAUAAGACUUGAAGCAUGGAUCUGGACUCUGUCCCUAAAUUAACUGAAGAGACAGAGACUUUCAGAACCCAACAAAGACAGACUUAUGAACUACUGGGAAUUGACCGGGGGACUAGUAAUUCCUGUGAUUCAAGUUUGCCUUCUCAAAGAUCCUAUCCUUACUCAUCUCAUCAUCCUUGUGUGCAUAUUAAUAGCAGCAAUGAUUGGGGGAUUUCUGAAGAGCUACGAAUUCGAGAACUGGAAGAAAUCAAGUCUAGAGCAGCCCAAAUGGAGAAAACAAUGCGUUGGUGGUCAGAUUGCACUGCCAACUGGCGGGAGAAAUGGAGUAAAGUUAGAGUAGAAAGGAAUAAAGCCCGGGAGGAAGGGAGGCAGCUGAGACUCCAGCUGGAGACUACAAUGAAGGAACUGAGUGUUCUGAAAAAAAUGAACCAAGACUUAGCAAAAGAAAAGGAGGAGUUAAAAGCUGAAAUUGCUCAGAAAAAGAAAUAUAGUUUCUUAGAGGUACCUUAUUUGAGAGAAGAUGGGCACCAGUUUAUGUCUCUGGAACACGAACCUGUUAAAGAAGUGGUCAAGAACAACAGCAUCUGUGUCAUGAAGGAUUCUUGUAAGGAUGUGAAAAUUACUGAAGACAUGAUAAGAGACAAUCAGUCUACAAGAUUCAGUCCAAAGCUGCACGACUCCUUGACUGAAGGAUCUCUUGGCAGAUGUCAGGAAAAGCCUAGGCAAAGAAUUGAAAGCAUAGUCCAGCCUCUAGAGAAUGAAUCAAUAUCUGUUUCUGCCUUGCGUUUGCAUUUGGAUGAGACUCAGGAUGUCUUACAAAAGGAAAGACAAGUGAAUUUAUUUCUGGAAGUAGAGAAGAUGGAGUCUGAUUUAUCUCUGUGGAAAUGGAAAUAUGAAGAACUGAGACAGUCUAAGAUGGAGAGCCUGAAACAGCUGGAAAGACUACAGUCUGAGAAUGCCUCUGAGUGGGGAAAGAGAGAGAUGCUUGAUGCAGAAAAGCAAGAGCUGAAGAGAGAGAAUCGAAGGUUGAAGGCCCAGGUGAAAGAAAUUCAGGAACUGGUGGACAGGAAAAAUGAACUUGCACCAAGCAACAUGGGUUCUGAUACUGAGAUGGCACAAAGUGAACUUCUGAAGAAAAAUAAGGAGAUCCUUGAUCUGCAGCAGGCUUACAACAAGCUAAACAAGCAGUAUCAAGAUAAAGUGGCAGAACUGAUGCAUACAAACAAGAUAGUUGAACAACAUGAGACUGAGGUUAAGCAGCUGAGAAUUCGUGUGGAAGACCUAAAAAGGGGGCUAAAUCAGGCGGAAGAUGAGCUCGAUGACUCAUUAAAUCAGAUUCGAAAGCUACAGCAAUCUCUAGAUGAGCAAACAGAAGCCAACAACAAUCUACAGGUUCAUCUUAAUCAUUUGAAAAGUAGAUUAAAGAGUCAGCAAAAAGUGAGCUCAGGAUUUGGGAUCAAACAAAGUUCCUUAUAUGUUGCCGGGGACUCCACUGAGACAAUGAGUGAAGAUGAGGGGGACCAGCAUGCUUCAUAAAACAGCCCUGCAGUGACAAAUAUAACUCUAAUGAAGAACAGAAGAAAGCUAGUAGUGUUAGAGGAAGAGGACAGCUCUGAAAAAUGUGUCAUUUUUGUACAAAGUAGUCCUAUAUAUAUUAUUCUACAUAUGCAAAUUAUUACUAAGGCUUGA